AUGGAAAAAACAAUGAGAAACCCUCAUAUUUUGAUUAUACCAUUUCCAGCACAAGGCCAUGUGAUUCCCGCUAUGGAGCUUGCACUCAAUUUAGCCAGACACGAUUUCAAGGUCACGUUUGUCAACUCAGAGUUCAAUUAUGAACGAGUUACGAAAGCAUUGUCGGAGACAGACAGUUUUCCAGAACUCGUACAAAUGGUUUCGUUACCUGACGGGUUAAAACCCUCUGAUGACAGAAGUGAUGGCACGAAGUUGUGGGGAUCAACUUUUGAUGUCAUGCCGGGUGAGCUUAUGGCUCUCAUUGAGCGGAUAAAUGGUUCCGAAAGUGAUAAAGUCAGCUGUGUAAUUGCUGAUGCCACCAUGGCAUGGGCUCUGGAGGUUGCGGAGGAAAUGGGAAUAAAAAAAGCAGCUUUUUGGCCAGCAGCCGCAGCUUUAUUGGCACUGGUUUUCAGUAUUCCGAGUCUUGUUGAAGAUGGAAUCCUAGAUAGUAAUGGACAACCCAUGAAAAAGCAGAGUAUUCAACUUUCGCCAACAAUGCCUUUCAUAAAAACAACUGAUUUCAUUUGGAACUGUAUGCUUGAUGAAGUGCAACGAAAACUCAUCUUCAAAUUCUUGACAAAAAUUAUAGAGCCAACAAAAUUGGCAGAAAGGCUGAUCUGCAACUCAUCAAAUUGGUUGGAGUCAGGAACAUUUGCCUCAUAUCCAGACAUUUUACCCAUCGGCCCUCUUCUGGCAAGCAACCGGCUUGGAAAAUCAACUGGCUACUUCUGGCGAGAAGACUCAGGUUGUUUGGCGUGGCUUGAUCAACAGCCACCCCACUCUGUCGUUUAUGUUGCAUUUGGGAGUUCCACACUAUUUGACCGCAAUCAGUUUGAAGAACUAGCUCUUGGCCUUGAACUCACCAAUAUGCCAUUCUUGUGGGUUGUGCGGGAAAACAUAAUUGAAGAUCUCAACAAUGCUUAUCCAACAGGCUUCAAAGAAAGAAUGGAUCGUCGGGGGUGUAUAGUGAGCUGGGCGCCGCAGCAAAAAGUCCUAUCUCAUCCUUCUACUGCUUGUUUCAUGAGCCAUUGUGGUUGGAAUUCUACCCUUGAAGGCAUAAGUAAUGGAAUCCCUUUUCUUUGUUGGCCUUAUUUUGGAGAUCAGAUAUUCAAUCAGAGCUACAUCUGUGAUUAUUGGAAGAUUGGAUUGGAACUGAAUAAAGAUGAAAGUGGAAUCAUCAGACGUGAAGAAAUUAAGAAUAAGUUGGAAAGAGUCUUGGGUGAAGAAGGAUUUAAAGGAAGGGUGUUGGAUCUUCAAGCACAGAUUCUGAAUAGUGUUAGAGAAGGAGGGAGUUCUCACAAGAAUUUUGAUGAUUUCUUGUCAUGGAUUAAAGAUUAA